AAAAAAGAAGCCGAUAGAAAAGAGAGAAAAAGAAAACGUUCCGGCCAAAGCAGGGUGUAAAAGCGACGCGGAAAGUUGUUAAUUCUAAACAUAUUCCGAUUUAUUUAGUUUUGUGACAAAGUUAUAGCUCGUGUUCAGUAGUUCACAAACACGCACACCCAAACAAACGCGCAGUGACUCGGUUAGAUAAGUGGCAAAGUGCAAAAGUAAAGUUUCCAACACACACACACACGCACGCUAGGCGCACCGUUCUACCGCAAAAGCAGCGAAGAUGACUUCCCAGGCAGUAAACAAAACCGGCUCCGGAUGGCCCCGACGAAACAGCCACGGAACGGGUCUAACCGAGAUGAACAAACUACAGACGAAUCAAUCGAUGACACUGAACCGGACAAUUAAUCUUUAUCCACUGACAAACUACACAUUUGGCACGAAGGAACCGCUGUUUGAGAAGGAUCCAUCGGUACCGGCCCGCUUCCAGCGGAUGCGCGACGAGUUCGAUAAGAUUGGAAUGCGUCGAUCGGUUGAAGGUGUUCUGCUGGUUCAUGAACACGGUCUUCCGCACGUGCUGCUGCUACAGCUGGGCACAACGUUCUUCAAGCUGCCCGGCGGUGAGCUAAGCGCCGGAGAGGAUGAGGUGGAUGGGCUGAAACGACUACUGACGGAGACUCUAGGGCGACAGGACGGCGUAAAGCAGGACUGGAUCGUCGAGGACACGAUUGGCAACUGGUGGCGCCCGAACUUUGAACCACCGCAGUACCCGUACAUCCCGCCGCACAUCACCAAGCCGAAGGAGCACAAGCGUCUGUUUUUGGUGCAGCUGCACGAGAAGGCACUAUUUGCCGUACCUAAGAACUACAAGCUAGUAGCGGCACCGCUGUUCGAGCUGUACGACAAUUCGCAAGGCUACGGGCCGAUCAUAUCCUCGCUACCGCAAGCGCUCUGCAGGUUUAACUUCAUCUACAUGUAAAAAUUGGCUCCUAAGCCAGGUACAAGUACAAUACUGCAAGAGGGCUAUUGUGCUGCGGAUCGUCCGGCGCUGGCACUUGAAGAGAGGAAGAAGGUCCUUUCCUUUCUGCAAACAAAGAGACAGCCUCCGCUGAUGGAGGGUGUGAAGAGGGGGGGACAACAAACCUGGGGGGAAGUACGGCAAUAGUGGCCCCUCUCUCUCUCUGUGUUUUAUUCACUGUGUGUGUCUGUCUGUGUGUGUGUUUGUAUGUUUGUUGGAAGCAAUAGGAGGAUAGGCGUUCGCAAGCUAGAGAGAGAGAGAGAGAGAAAAAAAAACGGACGGUUAUUUUAGAGCGCAUGUACAACAAAGAGCUUUCCUUUUCCCCCACUUACCUACUCCCUUUCCCUCACCCCUUCCCCACCUCCACCCUUAACUUUAACUAUCUUCUUACUCCCUAUGUCUGAUAUAAGUGAAUCGAGAAUAAAUAGUUUACGUAUGGUA